AUGUUUCACUGCACCAGCUGUCUUUACUUUUUAUUCUAUUCAUAUCUAUCUACCCUUAUCUAUCUUAGUAUUUUCAUAUCUCAGAUAAUUCAUAUCUAUCUAUCUACCCUUAUCUAUCUCAGUAUUUUCAUAUCUCAGUCUAUUCAUAUCUAUCUAUCUAUCCUUAUCUAUCUUAGUAUUUUCGUAUCUCAGUCUAUUCAUAUCUAUCUAUCUAUCUAUCUAUGUCCCUUGCUACCUAUAGUGCUUCUUUUCUUCUUUUUCUCUCUCUGUCUUCAUCUGCUUCUUUUUCUCUCUCUGUCUUCAUCUGCUUCUUUUUCUCUUUCUGUCUUCAUCUGCUUCUUUUUCUCUGUCUUCAUCUGCUUCUUUUUUCUCUCUGUCUUCAUCUGCUUCUUUUUCUCUCUCUGUCUUCAUCUGCUUCUUUUUCUCUUUCUGUCUUCAUCUGCUUCUUUUUCUCUUUCUGUUUUUUUCUCCUGUUUCUCUCUGUCUUCUUCCUUCUUCUUUUUCUCUCUUCUCUGUUCUUCAUCUUUCUUUUUCUUUCUCUGUCUUCAUCUGCUUCUUUUUUUCUCUCUCUGUCUUUUUCAUCUGUCUUCUUCUUUCUCUCUCUUCAUUUUCUUUUCUCUUCUAUCUUUCUCUUUUUUCUCUCUCAUUUUUUUUUCAUUUUCUCUCUUCUUCAUCUUUUUUCUCUUUCUCUUGCAUCUUUUUCUCUUUCUGUCUUCUUCUUUUCUCUCUUUCUCUGUUUUUUCAGCUUUCUUACCUUUUUUUCUCUUUCUCUCAUCUUUUUCUCUUUCAUCUGCUUCUUUUUCUUUUCUGUCUUCAUCUGCUUUUUUUCUUCUUUCUGUCUUCAUUUUUUUCUCUUUUUCAUUCUUUUUUUUUCUUUUAUCUUUUUUUUCUUCAUUUCUUCUUUUCUUCAUCUUCAUCUUUUUUUCUCUCUUCUUCAUCUUUUUUUUCUUGUCUUCAUCUGCUUUUUUUUCUCUUUUCUCUCUUAUUUUCUCUGUUUCUUUUCUCUUUCAUUUCAACUUUUUUCUCUCUUUUCUUUUCUUCAUCUGCUUCUUUUCUUUCUGUCUUCAUUUUUUUUUUUCUCUUCAUCAUCUGCUUCUUUUCUCUUCCUUCAUCUCUUUUUUCUCUCUGUUUCAUCUCUUUUUUUUUCUUUUCUGUCUUCAUUUUUUUUUUUUUCUCUUCAUCUUUUUUUUCUUCUCUUUCAUCUCUGUCUUCUCUUUUUUUCUUUCUCAUCUUUUUCAUCUGCUUCUUUUCUCUUUCUUUUUUUCUCUUUCUUUCAUCUUUCUUUUUUUCUCUUUCAUUCUGCUUUUUUCUCUUUCUGUCUUCAUCUUUUUUUUUUUAAAUCUUUUUUUUCUCUCUUUCUUCAUUUUCUUUUUCUCUCUUUAUCUUCAUCUUGCUUCUUUUUUGUCUUCAUUUCUUCUUUUUCAUCUGCUUUUUCUUUUUUCUUUUUCUCUCUUCAUUUCUCUUUUUCUCUUUCUUUCCUUCAUUCUCUGUCUUCAUUUUUUCUUUUCUCUCUUCAUCCUUCUUUUUCUUUUCAUUUCAUCUUUUUUCCUUCUUCUUUUUUUCUGUCUUUUCUCUGUUCUUUCAUUCUUUUUCUCUUUUCUUUUCUUUUUUUCAUCUCUUUCUUUUUUUCAUUUUUUUUCUUUCUUCUUCAUCUGCAUCUUUUCUUUUCUUCUUUCAUCUUUUUUUUUCUUUUUCAUCUUUCUUUCAUUUCUUUUUCAUUUCUUUUUCUCUCUUCUUUCUUUUUUCUUUUCUCUUCAUUUCACUUCUUUUUUUCUUUCUUCAUCUUCAUUUUUUUCUUUCUUUUUUCUUCUUCUUCAUCUGCUUUUUUUUUUUUAUUCUUUUCUCUUCAUCUGCUUUUUUUCUCUUCUCAUUGCAUUUUUUCUCUUUUCUUCCUGCUUCAUUUUUUUUUCUCUCUUUCUUCAUCUUCUCUUUCUUUUUUCUUCAUCUCUUUCUUUUUUCUCUUUCUGUCUUCAUUCUUCUUUUUCUUCUUUCUUUCUUUUCUUCUUUUUUCUCUUUCUGUCUUCAUCUUUUCUUUUCUCUCUGUCUUCAUCUCAGAAGAGAUUCUCUUCUUUUUUGUCUUUCUCUCUUCAUUUUCUUUUUCUCUCUUUCUUUUUUUUCUCUCUUUUUCUGUUUUCAUCUGUCUUUUUUUUUUUUUUUUUUCAUCUGCAACCUUCUUCAUUUUUUUUCUCUUUUAAAACUUCUUUUCUCUUUUUCUUUUCUUUCUUUUUCCUUCUUUUCUCUGUUUUCUUUCUUUUUCUCUCUUUCAUUUUCAUAUUUUUCUCUUUCUUCUUCAUCUGCUUUUUUCUCUUUCUUCUUUCUUUUUCUCUUUUUCUUUUCACUUUUUUUUUUUUUUUUUUAUUUCUGUCUUCAUCUUUCUUUUUCUCUUCUUUUUCUUUUCUCUUUCUUCAUCUGUUUUUUUCUCCUCCUUCAUUUUCAUAUCUUUUUUUUCAUCUCUUCUUUUCUUUUCUUCUCUUUCUUUUUUCAUCUUCUUCCUCUUCAUCUUCUUCAGAUUUUCUUCUUCUUCAUUCUUUUCUUUUUUUUUCUUUUCUCUUUACAUUUUCUUUUUUUCUUCUGUCUUCUUUUUUUUUUUUUUUUUUGUCUUCAGGACUUCUUUUUUUUUUUUUCUCUUUUUUCUUCUUUUCUCUUUCUGUCUUCAUCUGCUUUUUUCUUUCUUCAUCUUUUCUCUUUUUUUUUCUCUCUUCUUCUUGCUUCCUUUCUUCUUUCAUCUUCUUCUUUUUUUCUUCUUCAUCUUUUUCAUCUAUAUUCUUUUUUCUCUCUUUUCAUCUGCUUUUCCUUUCUUCUUUCUUCUUUUCAUUUUCUUUUCUUCUUUCUUCAUCUUUUUUUUUUUUUUCUUUUACUUCAGAACUCUUUCUUUCUUUUUCUCUUUUCAUUUUUUCCUUCCUUCUUUUUUCUGUUCUUCUUUUCUCUCUGUUUUUUUCUGUCUUCAUCUUCUUUUUUUUCUCUUCAUUCUUUUUCUUUUCUUUCUGCUUCUCUUUUCAUCUUCUUUUUUUCUUUUCUUCUUUCUGCUUUUUUUCUCUUCUUUUUCAUCUGUUUUUUCUCUCUCUUCAUUUUUUUUUUUCUUCAUCUUCAUCUCUGAGGACUUUUUUUUCUCUUUACCUUUUUUUUCUUCUUCUUUUCUUCAUCCUUCAUCUGCUUUUUUUUCUCUUCUUUCUUUUCAUUUUCUUUUCUUUUUUUUCUCUCUUUCUUCAUCUGCUUUUUUUUUUUUCUCUUCUAUCUUCUUCUUUUUUCCUUCCAUGUUUCAUCUCUGUCUUUUUUUUUUUCUUUCUUUUCUGUUUUUUUCUUCAUCUUCUUCUUUUCUUUUUCUUCAUCUUUCUUUUUCCUGAUUUUCUUCUUCCUCUCUUUUCUCUUUCAUUCUUUUUUUUUUCUUUUCUUCACUUCUCUUCAUUUCUUUUUUCUCUCUGUCUUCAUCUUCCUUUUUUUUCUUCAUCUUUUUCUGCUUCACUUCUUUCUUUUCUGUCUUCAUCUGCUUUUUUUUUCUCUCUUUUUCUCUCUUCAUCUCUGCUUUUUUUUCUUCAUUUCUUAUCUUUCUUCAUCUGCUUUUUUUUUCUCUUUUUUCUCUUUCAUCUAUCAUUUUUUCCUUUUCAUAUUUUCUCUUUUCUUUUCUUUCAUACUUUUUUUCUCUCUUCUUCAUCUUCUUUUCUCUUUUUCUUUCUUUUUUUCUUCAUUUUUUUCUCUUUUUCUUUUCUCUCUUAUUUUCCAUCCUCUCUUUUUCUUCUGUCUUCAUCUUUUUUCUUUUCUCUUCUUCUUUUUCUUUCUUUCUUCUUUUUUUUCUCUUUCUUCUUUUCUUUUUUCUUUUCUCUGUUUCAUUCAUUUCUUCUUCAUCUGCUUUUUCUUCUCUCUUUUUUCUUUUUUCUGUCUUCAUCUGCUUCUUUUCUCUGUCUUCAUCUGCUUUUUUCUCUUUUCAUCUGUUCUUUCAUCUGUCUUCUUUCUUUUCUCUCUUUCUCUACCUUUUUCAUCAUUUCCUUUUUUUCUCUCUGUCUUCAUUUCAUUUUUCUCUCUUCUUCAUCUGCUUCUUUUUCUUUCUCUUCAUCUUUCUUUUGUUCAUUGCUUCUUUUUCAUCUUUCACUUCUGUCUUCAUUUUUUUCUUUCAUUUAUUUUCUUUUUUUUCUUCUUCUUCUUCUUUCUUCAUCUUCUUUUUUCUUUCUUCUCUUUUCUUUCUUCUUCAUUUCUUCUUUUCUCUUCAUCUUCUUUUUUUUUCUUUCUUAUUUUCUUUUUCAUUUCUUUUCUUUUUUUUUUCUCUCUUUUCUUCUUCAUCUUUUCUUUUCUCUUUCUCUCUUUCUUUUCUUUUUUCUUCAUCUUUCUUUUUUUCUCUUUUCUCUCUUCAUCAUCUGCUUCUUUUUCUCUUCAUCUGCUUCUUCUCUUCUUCAUUCACUUUUCUUUCUUCUCUCUGUCUUUUAA